AAUCAAUUUUUAGAAUCAAACAAACACUCAAUUCUCCCUUGCGUGUCAUUAGUGCUUUUACAGCCAGUCUCUUUCUAGAAGAUUAGGUGUGUUGUAAAUACGACCUCCUCCUCUUUUAUUUUUUCGAGCAACAUCAACACCUUUUUCACAGCAGGCUAUAGUUUUAUUAUACCGGUAGAACGACUGGGUGCAGCUACAAAAGACAUUGCUCAAAUACUUAAUGGUUAUGGUCAUUUAUGUUUUCCUCUAGGUGCAUUAUUUCGAUAUUUAAAACAUUCGGAUGGUCUGUUAACAUUAUCUGGUGAUAAUGCUAAUGUCAACUAUGUUGCAUUUGAAUUUGUUCUGUUCAUUCGUAAACAUCGUAAUAUAGAUACAGAGUUUGUAUUAGCUGGUUAUGAAAAAAUUUCCCAAAUGUUAAGAAAAAAAUAUAAUGCGCGACCACAUUGA